AUGAGGUUACUCGUGUACGCUUCCAUGAUUUGUUUUAUAAACUGCUCCAUCGACCACGCCGUUCCUUCAUUCAAAAGAGGGCGUAAGAAUUCAUUUUUCUCAGAACAUCGAAUCACUCUUUUUUCAGCCGUUGAGUUGUUUGACGAAACGGCCUUGACAAAUCCAGAAUCAUUCGAUUAUGAUUUCAAUGAAGACCUCAAAAAGUCAGCCGACAAUGAAGACUUGUACGAUCAGUUUAUUGCUCAAUUACCUAUGUAUAAUCUGUACAAGCUUGGGCAAAAUAAAGGACUUACGAAGGUUUUGUCACCUAAAACUUGGAAGAUGUCUCAGAUGGUAGUUCAGGUUCCGAUUGUUACUCGCAGCUGGGACACUUGGUUCACUCCUUCUACUUUGGGACGAGAGAAGGCUUUCCUACCGUAUUCCACAACGCCCAUGCCAAGCCCAAGCAAGGUUGGCAAAAUACCCGGGCAAGCACAAAAAAGAAAAUUUGAAAAUUAGGAAUUCUUUCUCUAUUCAUUUAUGCCUGACAAAGAAGGCCAUUUCACUUUGCGAUCGGGAAUUUUUUAAAAUUUGGCCAGAGCACUCUUAAAUGUAGCUUAUGAAAAUACUGAAUGCCGCAAUUUGCACAACUUCCCAGUUUUUGAGGAAUUAGGGUUCAGAGCCCUAAAAUACCUUAUUUUAAUGGGUUUUGAGGCUUCUUGGACUUUGAGGUGCCUUUACUCAAAAAUUGAAAGUUCUGCAUUUUGAGACUUUCAGAAUCUUCAUAUGGUACAUUGAGAAGUGUUCUGACCUUUUUCAGGAAAUUCCUAACCGCAAAAAAUGACCUUCCUUAUGUGAAUUGUGUUCACAAAAUAGAGAUAAAAAAUUGUCUGAGAAGUAUUCAAAUUCCUACAAAAGUACUUCAUAGCAUGACUAAAUUCAUUUUUCUAACAGAAAAUAGUUCCCACAACGACGAAAGCCCCAAUCACGCAAAACGUUCAAACAACGUCUACUUCUACUUCAAAGUCAACCACAAGUUUCACAACGACUUCUACCCCAACUACUACCACAACGUCCACAUCAUCACCUCGACCUUCCACCACGACCCAACUUCUAACAACAGAAACUCAAAUCAUCACCUCGACUACGUUCAUUUCUUAGUGCUUCUCGGUUCUAAUCUCAAGUUUCAGGGUUCGUCCAAGACAUCCUUCUCAACCUCGGCCUGCCUUCCGGACAAAUCUUAACCGAAAUGAAGGGGUAACCCAUUUGCUCCGAUCAUUGAAAGGCUAUAAAUACUUUAUGUCUCGAGAGUCAAAGUUCAUGAAGUUUGCAGCUCUCAAAUCGCGGACCUGUUUGGAGGAAAGGGAUUGUUAUUUUUGAUAAAACUACAUCGACGAGAGCUUUUACCCAAACGUCGAAUCGGAACUGGGCCACGACUACAACAGUUCCUCAAACUACUACAACAAAUCUUCCUCUAA